AUGGCGGGUGUCAAUGUCAUCGCUGUCGGAGCAUCUGAGGCUGCACAUAAAGUCUUUAAGGUCAGUCGUGCGAAUGUAUUUUUUGAUGAAUUUACUCGAUACCUACACUACUUUGGCUGUCUGAUCUCUUUGGGAAACUUAAUUUUCGACCAGAAAUCUCCCCUUCAAAGGAGAGGGGGGGGGGGAGUUACUGAAGGACUAUCUGUAAUCAGUCACCAGACCAGUAAAAUGUUCUGCUUGUUCUAGGUAUCUAAUCGCAAUGCCUGAAAGCGGAGGACGGCAGUUAGAUGGAUUUGCAGAAAAGAACAUUCUCAGCGAAUGGCAGUGGAAUUUGGGGCAUAGACUCAGGGCAGGCGCUAGGCUUGAUCAGGGUGGGCUAUAAACCGCAAAAGGAUUGAAGCGUAUCAUAAAUUCUUCAGACGACUUUCACUCUAAACUUAAAGUUUAAGUAUGCAAUUUGGGUUAUAAGUUCAAUUUUUGAAUUGGCUGUGCAAAAGCAUGUUCGCGGAUGAUGUCCUUCUGCUUCUUAGUGCAUCACUGCUAGCUCGAAUGACAUUCCCAUAACGGCCCGGCGUUUUGUUUACCACUACUGCCGGGUAGAACGUUCCCAGCGAAUGACAGUGCAAUUAGGGGCAUAGACUCAGGACAGACGUCAAACUUGGUCAAGAUGGGCUAUGAACUGCAAAAGAACUGAAACAUCUCAUAGCUUCUUCAGCUGACUGUUUUCUAGAUUUUAUAUGAUUACUGGUUUAUUUUCCUACUCCACCGUACGUACACGCAAGCGGGCCAUUAUGAGCGUUAGGUUUUAUCUUGGGAUUAAAUGCACAGAGCAGCUUUACUGUGUGCUUUUUAGGCAAUCAGCGAGGUGGCUUCUAAUUCCUACAAAGUCCUUCACCUGGCAGAGCCCAAUGCCGCAAAUCUACUCUACGUCAACGGUUGCCUUAUUCACUACGACAGUGACAUGAUCCCAAACAGUACUCAGGUCAGUUGAAGCGGACUGUGUGCUCCGCAUUGCUUCACUUUUCUUGCAUGAUGAGGGGCCGCCUUUACGAAACGCACUAUUCCAUUUGUCUUGCGAUGAAGGGCAUCACCUAGUCGAUUCUAAAGUAAUGCCUUUUGCGUCCCGUUUGAAUCCUUCCUUCUCACAAUAGUGUCUCCAUCGCACCAGUACUCUCUGGUAAAACGGAUUGAAUGCAGUCCAGCGCAGUGCCUUCAAAUUUUUUCAAGUGCUGGUACCGUUUCGAGCUAGGCCACCGCUCCCUCUGCGGGAGUGCUUGUUAUCACUGCUUCGGUGGGAGUACUAGUCUUCCGCACUUAUUCUCCGACGUGUGAUAGUCAAAAAGGAUACUGCAACUAUCCAGCCCAAGAGUUACAGUCGGCUCCGCGACUUUGAAAAUAUGCUGUUGAGCACAAAGGGAUGUAUGUGUGCCCUGAUUUCAGCUUUUGCAGUCGUUUUAUAGAAAAUCACGUUCGCAAAGCUGUUUACUUGUAAAAAAAACGAAUUUUAAGGUUAGUAAGCAAAAACUCCUCGUUUAAAAUGCUGCGUCUGCUUUACUACCGAAAACUCACCCCUGUUUGUAGCCUUGAUAUCCCCAAAACGUCACUCGGAAAUUUUCCUGACGUUGCGUUGGACUCAUUAGGGAUCCACUACGACAGGGGCAAGAACAAGAACAACUAUUACUACUGGUGCUACUACUACUACUACUGCUACUACUGAUACUACUACUACUACUACUACUACUACUACUACUACUACUACUACUACUGCUACUACUACUGCUACUACUACUACUACUACUACUACUACUACAACUACUACUACUACUACUACUGCUACUACUACUACUACUAUUACUACCACUACUACUACUACUACUACUACUACUACUACUACUACUACUACUACUACUAUUACUACCACUACUACUACUACUGCUGCUGCUACUACUACUACUACUACUACUACUACUAUGCGAUACGGGGUUCGACCGUCGUUACCGACGAUGUCCGCCGUGUGCUCCACAGCAAGCUUGAGCAGGGACUGUGACUUGUGCAUGAAUUAUAGUGAUAGUAGACUUUACACAUUAUCUGCCGCUUUCUCUCCUCCCGCACCCGGACCCCGCGUCAAGACAGUCAAGAAAACUGGAGACGGAGGAGGGCGCAGAUGGAUGGCACGAUCGAGCCCGCACCUAGGCGUUUCGCUCCACACCCCCUGAUCCACACAGCAAAUUAACCGGCUUUUGACCAAUAUCAACAAUGGGGGGCGGCAGGGGUCCCAGUAUGCGCGACGGCUGCCGGCAACCGGAUCUGCUACCGCACUCCAAAAUGUUGGCAUUUGUUUUGGUGUGCAAUCCGAUAACGCCUGCCAGAAUCCGAUAUGACCCCCGUGUUGGUCCAGUACAUCUACCACGUAGCCCGUUUGCAUGGCGCAGCUACUACUACUACUACUACUACUACUACUACUACUACUACUACUACUACUACUACUACUACCACCACUAAUAAUAAUAAUAAUAAUAAUACCACUAUCACUACGAAUGUCACUGUUGUUGUUGCUGUUCUGUCGCCCGGAGUCGUCCUCUGACCGGUCAAUAACGGAAAUUAAACCAGAAAUGCCCUUUCUGGCCUCCUUUGUUUUUGCUGUCCACGGCUGUCUCCUGCCACUAAUAAUAUAAGAACUCUAGUACAUUAGUUUACCUCUGUCUUUUACGUUUACCACGCUUUCACCAUGUUUACAUGACAUGCCGCUACUUGUUGGCCUCUGUAAUGCCUCCCCUGUCUGCUCCUUCCUCAUUUAGAUUUUCGAGAACAAGAUCGACUACACACGGUAUCCUCUAUCGCUGCCGACGCUGUUUAAGCACGGCGUGCCGCUGUACAAGCUGGCGCUUCUGUCAGACCGAGUGCGUCGACAAUUGCAUAUUGUCUCCACCAUGCCAUGACGUUAUCUCGCCUUUCAAUUCCCACCUGCGUCCUCCCCUUCCUCCACCCCGAAGUGCCCCGCCCUCUCGGAGGGCUUGGAAACUAACAUAAUACUUAUCUUUUAUCUCUAGUGUCAAGUCACUUUCACACCCCAUUCCUCCGGUCUUUUGCUACGAUUGACAUUCUUUCUUUACCAGCAUGCCGGACCCAUAUCCGCUGUCCUAAUAUCUGCCGCGAACUCGACUGUUCAUAUCUGA